AUGGAUUCUUCAGAAUUAGAGCGUUACUUUCUCAGCAAUUGGGCACAAGUCAUCGAGCAGUGCGAGAAAUCCUUAGAGCCAGACGACAUUGACCAAGUGCGACUCAUAACUUCCUGGAAUGUGCUGCAGAAAGAGUUGUUCGACCCAGUGGACACGGAGACCAGCAAAAGGACUCCAUAUGAGAUUUCCGUGUUGGAACCAACACUUGGUCACUUCCACCGUUUCACCCACAUAUUUGAGUCGCAAUUGGCCCCCGGCCUCCAUGCCCACUUCUUCUGGGGCAUCGUUGGCAUACUGCUGCAGCUUACGGCACGGGAUCUACAAGCCCUCUCCAAGAUCCCGCAAAUGCUCGAGUCACUCGGCUACAAGAUAGAGGCUUUCGAGCAGCACUACUCUGCGUCAACUAGUGAGAAUGCGAAUCAAGUAAAAGAAGCAUGCUUUGACAUCCAGGUUCAGCUAGUUCAAUUUUUCACAACAGCCGUCAAGUCUUUGCGUGGCAAGGAGGACGAGACACAUCACUACAAACGAGCCGGACAAGAUCAUCCCCAUGGACAGGAGGACCGAUGGUCGUGGCUUCAACGCAAGUGUACCAACACAUAUCGGGCGCUCUCGGAAACUCUAGAGCGGAUUGAGAAUCUAGUUGCUGCACGUUCUCCAGUGCUAGGUCAAGCUAGUUCCCCAGACAUGGCUACAAUCACACAGCAAGUAUCUUUGAUGCGGCUGCCAACCAAUAUGUACCCAAGCUUCUUUGACAGGGAGGACACAUUUGAGAAAAUAGACCAGAUCCUCGGCCGGGAUGGAUCAACCGCCGCGUUCCGAUCCAUAGCGUUGCGCACAACCCAACUCACACAACGAGAACUUGCGAAUGGUUCAGGACUGGUUUCAAACGACGGUCAUGGAAAAGCCAUUAUUACCACCCGCAAUCACAACCUUGUGUACAAAUUUGCUACCUCCGGCUUGGAAAUCACUUCAUGGGAUGCAAAGACCGGUUCUGAGUUUCUCCUAUUCUUGCUGAAAGACAACAUAGCUCGCGAUAUUCAAGCAGAGGGAAUCUCGGCAGUCGAACUUGCCGAGAAGCUCAAUGGCCAUGCGUUGGGUAUCUCACAUAUGGCUGGUUUGAUUCAACAAAACUCUUGGCCCAUGUCCAUCACCGAAUUCAUGCGCACCUAUUUGAAAGAUCUAAGAAGGCUUCACAAAACUGAGUUACAGGCAGUGUGGGAUAUUUCGUUUGGUACUUUGGAAAAAGACAGCCGGGUACUCCUGGGAGUUGCAUCAUUCUUGGCCCCGGAUAACAUGGCACACGAGCUGUUUGAUAACAGGAAUGGCCUUGAUCCCCCAGACGAUCUCAAGUUUUGCCUUGAUGGUUUAGAGUUUUUAGAGGCGAUGGGGCCCCUCUUGACCCUAGCGUUGAUGAAACAGGAUCAAUGGACCAGUAUCUUCUCGUGCCAUCGAAUGGUGCAGACGCAUUUCCGGUCUUUCCUAUCCCCGGAGGAGCGACAGCAAGCAUUCAACAAUGCAGUGGUGCUAGUGUACAAUGCUUUCCCCAAACAGUCGGACGCGACGAACAAGAACCAAUUGUAUCAGAAGUGGACUCAGUGCAAUCUUUGCCUGCAGCACGUUCUCUGCUUAAAGGACAAUUUCAAAGAAGAGCGCCGUCGCUCGGAGAAAUUUACAGCGUCGUUGUUGUUCUGCAAGCUUCUGGAAGACUCUAGGUAUCUCUGCGAGAUCAAUGCACUGAGAGAGCUUGAGGAUGUUUGCGAAGUAAACCUCCAAGCCGUGGAAACACUCAAUGACCAGGAACAUGCCAUCGACAUCAAGGCCUCGACGCUAUCCCACCAAGCUAAUAUGUACGAAAGUAUCGGCAAGGUCGAAGAAGCCAUCGAACUGAACAUCAAAGGCUACAAUAUGCGCCUAAAGGAAAAGCCUCUCAAGGGUGGCCUCCUCGGCGGCUUCGAGCAGAACCUCGGGUAUAACUACAACACUGCUAACAAGCACGAAGAGGCGCUAAUAUGGUUUGAAAAGUCACGCAUUACCUGGACUGCGUGGAAUGUCGAGGAGGGCAGAGAAGAAGACUGGCCUACGGUCACAAAGAAGAACGCCGCGAGGUGUCUUGUGUAUCUGGAGAGGUACAACGAGGCGCAGGCAUUGCUCGAUACUUCGAUCAGGGAGUUCAAGCAGGAGAAACCGCUUAACUGGGCUAUGCUGGCUUACGCAUACUUUGUCCAAGGCAUCCUUGAACGACGUGGAAACAGACCUGAAGCCGCCGAGGCAAGCUUCAUGGAAGCACAGAAUAUGUGGUCUAAAGGCGAUCAGGGGCGCUUUCACCCGUUCAACGCAGGAUGCAUUUAUAAGACGGGCGUGGUUUGUCUGGAUCAGGGGAAGGUGGAGGCUGCUAUUAAACAUCUCCGCGAUAGCAUCGAGAUCACGAAAUUCCACGCCGACACCAUGCCCGUCGAGCACGCGCGUAGUCUGUUCAAACUCUCCAAGGCUUUAAUCCAGAAGUCGUCUUCAAAUGAGAAUGAGAAUGACGUUAGUGAGAACGAGGCACAGGAUUUGAGGGAUGAGGCGGAAGUAUAUUUGCUUAGGAGGGAUAAAGGUGCGACGGAUUUUGGGAACGAGGACGUCUAUGAUAGAUGGGUGCCCAUCUUUUGGCGCUAG